AUGUCUAGUAUUUUCUUGGUCUAUAUAGCAGCCACAGCCCAUGAACUUUUUUCAGACAUCAAUAGAAUGUUGUCACCAUCACUAUUAUUGCCUGUCAUUGGAGUUUUUAUUGUUCUUUUGGCUGGAGUUGGAUAUGUCGGUAUAGCAAGACAAAGCAGCACGUUAAUAAGUAUAUAUACUCAACUCUUAGUAUUCAUAUUUGCAUUGGAAAUUGCUGCUGGAUUAGGAGUUUUAUCUUAUCGUGAUGAAAUACGUUCGAUGGCAUCGAAUAAAAUGAAAAAAGCCAUUUACGAAUAUCCGAACGAUCCAUUUACGGCUAAUUUAGUAGAUUACUUACGGUGCUGCGGAGUUAAUAACUAUUGGGAUUGGGAUAAUGUAUUAGUUGAAAAAAAUUAUACAAAAUGUCAAGGAGGUAACACGAUUUUACCUGAAUCCUGUUGUAGAAAAAUUAAUUCGACGAUGGAAGUUAAUAAAAGAGGAUGUUUAACAGCCGUUAAUUUCAUGUUGCAUAAAAGUUCUUUGUUUUUAGCUUUGGGCAUAAUGACAGUGAGUACUAUUCAGAUUUUAGGAACGUAUUUUUCGUACUCACUGGCAACAAGUUUACGAAAGUUUAAAUUACAACAAGUGAAAAAUCAUUUUAAUAUCGGAAAUGAAAAUGUCGCGAGACAAACAGAACGCAAUGAAAAGAGUAACCAUUAUUAA